GCGCUGUCAGUUGCGUGUCAUCAAGGACAGAAAGAAGCACGGGUCGCCUGAGGCAUCCCAGCUUCCGGCAGCGCAAGUAUCUGAUCCGACGUUGGAGAGGAACUAACAGGCCCAGCGCACGUAGGCCUUCACCACCCGCAGCCAGGGUUCAGUCGAGUUCCAGCGCCAUGUCUCUGCCUUAUGCCGCAGAUGCGGAAACGUCGCUCUCGCCCUCGGAGCUCUCGGUCUUGCGCAUGCAGUACCACUCGGAGCUCUCGAGCGGGCAUGCGACGACGCAGACCAAGUUCAACUACGCAUGGGGCCUCGUCAAGUCCACCCGGCGCGACGAGAUGGCCGCUGGUGUUGACCUGCUCACGGACAUUUACCGCAGCGAUCCACCGAGGCGACGGGAAUGCCUCUACUACCUCGCCCUCGGCCAUUACAAGAUGGGCAACUUUGAAGAGGCGAAGAGAUUCAAUGCAAUUCUGAUCGAUCGGGAACCCAACAAUCUGCAAGCGCAAUCACUCGCACAGUUGAUCGAGAAAGGCGUAACACGGGAGGGCUACAUCGGCAUGGCAAUCACGGCUGGCGCAGCCGCCGUAGGCGGUAUCUUGCUCGCAGGGUUGAUGCGAAGGCGGCGUUGAACGUAGCACAGCAUUUGCAUUGAACACGGCGACUGCGACCCGGCACAUGAGGUUUUUCGCAGGGCAAUGCCGAUUUGGAGCAUCUCAUUGCUACGACGCAUUAUCAUUGACCAACUCGACCUCGCUAGAGACAGCAGCUGCGCUCUCAGUGUCGCUUCACGUUACAUGGUGGCGCUGAUGCAGUCUGUAGCCAGCAUAUUACAUCGCACGAGAGC